UCCAGGGAAAUAGCCUCGAGCAGAAUUCAGCCGUACCUAAAAGGUUAAAGAAAGAUUUAAAAAAUUAUUCGAGUCGGACAGAUCAGUUUCGAAGAAGUUACCGCGCCGUUGAAAGGUAUUCGAACGCUGUUCGCCAGGUGUAUUGUUGAUGUUCGGAUUCCCGUUCCGGAUCACAGGGCAUCCGGCGACUGUUUCACGAAACCGUACCACGGGUCUCUCGUCCUAAUAAUGGCGGUGGAUUUAUAUUACACACCAAUGAGUUCGCCUUGCAGAGCGGUCCUUCUAACCGCGGAAGCGAUUGGUUUCCCUUUAAACCUGAAGGAAAUCGAUUUGACGGCCGGCGACCAUUUGAAGCCGGAAUAUGAACAGAUGAAUCCACAGAAAACGGUUCCUUUCCUUGUGGACGGCGACUUUAAGCUCACCGAGAGCCGGGCGAUCAUGUCAUACUUGGUGGACGAGUACGGGAAAAACCCUAGAUUGAACCCGCAAACGCCGAACGGCCGGGCUUUGGUCAAUCACCGAUUGCAUUUCGAUCUCGGCACUCUCUACCAGAGCAUAGUUGACUACUACUUCCCUGUUGCAUUCGGCAAAGCAGGCGAUUACGAUCCAGAAUUGCACGCGAAAGUACAAGCAGCGUUCGAAAUUUUGAAUAUAUUCCUCGAAGGGCAGGAUUUCACCGCAGGCCGGUAUUUUACUAUCGCCGAUCUAGCAUUGGUUGCGUCGGUGUCCACGGCAGAGGCUUUCGGCUUUGACACGGUGGAUUACCCAAAUGUAACUAGAUGGAUGGAGAAAAUGAAGAUGUCCGCGCCGGGAUAUCGCAAAGCUAAUGGCGAAGGGUUGAUGCUGUUGAAGAAAUUCAUCGAGGACUCGAAGAACGCGGAAUCGAGCGAAUAAUUUUCAUUGUAUUCACUCGAGAAAUUCCGGAAAUCGUUGGCAAUAAAUUUGAAAUGAAAAUAUUGAGUAAA